AUGAACACCCUGGUGACGAUCUUCACUGGUUUGCCUCUGGAAGGAUUCCACGGCAAAUGGCGAACCAUGGUGAUCUUUGAGACCAGCGUGAUCGCUGGUGGGCUUUGGCAUAUGGCAUGGAGGCCCCAUGACUCGGGCCUUGUCGGCAUGUCCGCUGGCUGCUACGCCUUGAUGGCGAUGCACAUGGCUGAUGUGAUCAUGAAUUGGAAGCAACACAGGUGGCGAAUUCCUCGGGUGAUCCUACUUCUCAUGCUUAUUGGUUUGGAUGUGGGCGCAAGCUUGAUUGCGGAGCCAGACGAUGUCACUGGCCAUGCAGCCCAUUUUGGGGGCUAUUUGGCAGGGCUGAUCUUUGGCGUGCACUUUGUCCGGAACGUCAAAGUGACAAAGUGUGAACAAGUACUGAAGGCCGCUUUCCUUUUCGUGGGUGUGGCAUGCCUCAUCUUCUGCAUUGUCUGGAUCUCCUUCUGGGCUCCAAGAGCAAUGUGGGAUGGCAUGGUCCCCUGGUGUUGGGCUCGCCAGGCCUUCUCCUAUCCCUACUUCGGGGACCGCGAAUGGCAUUGCAUCCGCUGCCCGGAUGAGAUCUGUAUCGCAGAUUUCACAGCGAAGCUUGAGACAAGUUUGAGCCCAGUCAGCUACAUCGCAUGUGAUCAAGGUGGCCUCUGGUGGACCUGA